AUGGUGAGGCGAUCAUUCUCAGUAACAGCAUGGAUUGUGGGUUUAGUGAUUGUGGCAUGGGCUGCAAAUGCAGUGUCAUGCCCACAAGCCGUGACAAUGCUGCUGCCGUGCCGAGAUUAUCUGGUGAACCCGUCGGCUAAGCUGACGGUGCCGUGCUGUGAGGCGGCUAGCAUGCUCGACGGCAUGGUUCAUAGCAAAUCCGAUAUCAAAGUUUUGUGCAGCUGCUUCAAGCAAGCCGCCACCGCCUUGCAUGUUAUUGUCGACCGAGCCAAGUCCAUUCCUCAAAUCUGCCAUAUCCAAGUUCCCGUGCCUAUUGAUCCUCAUGUGGAUUGUAAUAGGUAA